GAUCUUUGGUAGGAUGUUGAGGGUAUGAUGUCAAUUUCUGUUGAAGCCGCUGAGGCACGGGAUUCUUUGAGUGAUGAUAAAGAACUCAUUAAUACAUAUGAGAGGCUAACAGCUCUUGAUGGAAAGCGGAGGUUUGCAUUAGCAGCUGCAGGAUCUCACAAGGAAGAGGUUGCCAGGCUUAGAGAAUAUUUUGAAGAUGUUGAUAGGACCUGGGAGACAUUUGAGAAGACAUUGUGGGGCCAUGUUUCCAACUUCUAUAAUCAUUCCAAAGAAAGCCCUUCAACAUUGGUUCGUGCUUUAAGGGUUGUUGAAAUGCAAGAAAUCCUUGACCAACAACUUGCUGAAGAAGCAGCUGAGGCUGAAGGAGGUGGUGCCAUGGCAUCAAUUGCAAAUCCUCGUAGAACUGCCAAAAAGUCUACCACGGCAACGGCUUCUUCAAGAAACCUGACACAGCAGAAAUUGAAUGUUCAAGGCAAAGGCUAUAAGGACAAAUGCUAUGAGCAAAUAAGGAAGACUGUUGAAGGACGAUUCAACAAGCUUCUGACAGAGCUUGUUUUCGAGGACCUUAAGGCAGCAUUAGAGGAAGCUCGAACGAUUGGAGAAGAGCUUGGAGAUAUAUAUGACCAUGUGGCCCCUUGUUUUCCCCCAAGAUAUGAAAUAUUCCAACUCAUGGUCAAUCUGUAUACUGAGCGAUUCGUUCAAAUGCUUAGAUUACUCAGUGACAGGGCAAAUGAAAUGACGAACAUAGAGAUUUUAAAGGUAACUGGUUGGGUGGUUGAAUACCAAGAAAAUCUGAUUGGGCUUGGGGUUGAUGAGUCCCUUGCUCAAGUGUGUUCUGAGAGUGGUUCCAUGGAUCCCCUUAUGAAUUCAUAUGUUGAGAGAAUGCAAGCUACAACAAGGAAAUGGUACUUGAAUAUCUUAGAAGCCGAUAAAGUACAGCCACCAAAGAAAACAGAAGAUGGGAAGCUAUAUACACCAGCUGCUGUUGAUUUAUUCAGGAUCCUAGGAGAGCAAGUGCAAAUUGUUCGUGAUAAUAGCACUGAUCUCAUGCUGUACAGAAUUGCCUUGGCAAUUAUUCAGGUAAUGAUUGAUUUUCAAGCUGCUGAAAGGCAGAGACUCGAAGAACCUGCUUCAGAAAUUGGUUUGGAACCUUUAUGCGCAAUGGUUAACAACAACUUGCGCUGCUAUGAUCUUGCAAUGGAGCUAAGUAAUAGCACUUUGGAAGCUCUUCCACAAAACUAUGCUGAGCAGGUCAACUUUGAAGACACAUGCAAAGGUUUCUUAGAGGUUGCAAAGGAAGCCGUGCAUCAAACUGUCAGUGUUAUCUUUGAAGAUCCAGGAGUGCAGGAUUUACUUGUCAAGCUUUAUCAGAAGGAGUGGUGUGAAGGACAGGUUACUGAGUAUCUAGUUGCAACCUUUGGUGAUUAUUUUGCAGACGUGAAGAUGUAUAUUGAAGAAAGAUCAUUCAGGAGAUUUGUUGAGGCUUGUUUGGAGGAAACAGUGGUUGUUUACGUUGAUCAUCUUCUAACACAGAAGAACUACAUCAAGGAAGAGACCAUUGAGAGGAUGAGAUUAGAUGAAGAGGUUCUGAUGGAUUUCUUUAGGGAGUAUUUAAGUGUUUCUAAAGUUGAAAGCAGAGUCAGAAUACUGAGUGAUUUGAGAGAACUUGCUUCUGCAGAGAGCCUGGAUACCUUCACCCUCAUUUACACAAAUAUUCUUGAACAUCAACCUGACUGUCCGCCUGAGGUUGUAGAGAAGCUUGUUGCAUUGCGAGAAGGCAUACCACGGAAGGAUGCGAAGGAGGUCGUACAAGAGUGCAAAGAAAUAUAUGAGAAUUCUCUUGUCAAUGGGAACCCAGCAAAAUCAGGUUUUGUUUUUCCAAGAGUGAAGUGUUUAUCAAGUUCCAAGGGAUCCAUAUGGCGGAAGCUAACUUAGUUGAACAUCAACUACUGCACUGCUCCCACUCGUAAAUUUGUUCUUGUUGGCUGGAAGACUGCUCUGCGAAUUACGUAUGUAUAUUUGAAAUCUUACUCGUUUUAUUACUUGUAAGUAUGCUACUUUUCCCUAAUCAUUUUUGUUCGCUCGAAGAAAAUUCGUAUUUUUUUAUUUAAUUUUAAUAAAUAUGAGCUUGUAAGUUA